AUGGCUACAAACAAGCAAUUUGGUAGCACUCUUCCAUGGGCAGAGCCAUCCUGGUACUCCGGCCGUCCCUCGCCAUAUUACAACGAGUCCCAUUUCAGACUGAGGGAUGCCGUGCGCAAAUGGACUGAGGAGAACGUUGUCGGUAAAAGCGAAGAAUGGCAAGCUGCAGGCAAGGUGCCAGACGAGGUCUACCGAAAAUGCGCGCGAGACGGGCUCCUGCUGCCCAUCGCUUUUGGCAAGUCGAUACCGGAGGAGUUUGCUGCGCAGUAUCCCAUAAUUGGUGGUAUCAAGGCCAGCGAGUGGAAUGGGUUCCAUGAUUUUGUGAUGUGGGAUGAGCUGUUCCGGGGCGGGGCACUUUCUAGCAUCUUUGUGGGUUUGACCGUUGGAGCUCCCCCUCUUAAGCAAUUCGCGUCGUCGUGGCUGCAGAAGAAGAUCUUGCCGGAGAUCCUUAGCGGGGAGAAAAGAAUCUGUCUUGCUGUUACUGAGCCGUCAUGCGGAUCUGAUGUAAGAAACCUGACGACGACGGCAGAAAAAUCUAAGUGCGGGAAGUUCUAUAUUGUUAAUGGGGAGAAGAAGAUAAGUUUCCAGAACAAAAUCUGUCUGUGGGUUAUCAAGCUAACUUCGCCUUCACUGGAUCACAAAUGGCAUGCGGCUGUUCGAACCGGUGGCCCCGGCGCAGAGGGUGUUUCCUUCCUCCUAAUCCCGCGCAGUGAAGGGAUCCGCACACGCAAAAUCGAAAUCGGAGCCGACGGGCUCAGUGCCACCACCUAUGUCACCUUUGAGGACGUAAGGGUUCCUGUUGAGUACCUCGUCGGCUCUGAGGGUCAAGGUUUCCGAUAUGUCAUGAGCAACUUUAACCACGAGCGCCUGUGGAUCGCUUUCCAGACCCUUCGCAGCUCCCGCAUUUGUCUCCAGGAUGCGAUGGCAUGGGCUAUGAAGCGUGAAGCCUUUGGCAUGAAGCUUAUUGAGCAACCGGUUGUGAGACACAAGUUCGGCUCCAUGGCCAAGGAAGUCGAGGCAUUGCAUGCGUGGACGGAGCAGAUUAUUUAUGAGUUGGAUCAUAUGAGUUUUAAGGAUGGGAAUCGGCAGUUGGGUGGGGUUACGGCACUGUUGAAAGUGAAGGGAGGGCAGAUGGUUAAGUUUGUUGCGGAUAACUGUGUCCAGAUUAUGGGAGGACUUGGUCUCACCAAAACAGGCCAGGGUUCUCGUAUUGAGUCGAUUUCUCGCGCCACUCACUCAUGGAUCGUCCCUGGUGGCUCCGAAGAUGUCCUCAUUGACCUGGGUGUUCGUGAGGCCCUCAAGCUUGCUGGCAUCAAUGCGACAAAGGGAGCAAAGAUAUAA